CAGCUCAUAACAGAUGAAAGAUGCACCACUUUAGCAGAGUAGGCAUUUCUGUGGCUCCUUGGUUGAAAAUCAUUCUCUUGUGCAUGUCAUAAAUAAGAAAUGACAUCUCUGCUGGCUUAGUAUCUGAGCAAUUAAUAGUUUUACCCUUACUUUUCCACCCCCUUCCUUAGGUCAUCUUCCCCACUUUGUCACUUCCCCCAUUACAGAUUUUUCAGGAAAGCUGAAAUCUCUUCAUUUCAGAAUGCUGGGGCAGUUGGAGAUCUGGUCUUAUUGUGAUAGGUGUGGGGAUGGGAGUGAAGGUUUUUCUAUGGGAGAAAAAUCAUCCUAGGAUAUAUAUUUUUUAGUCAUCUUGCUCUUGUAAGUAUCUAGUGCUGGACUUCUGGGGUUGGAGUUCAGGAUUCUGGUAUGGUAGGGUAUAUAAGAAAAUGAUUUUUGUAUGAUUGUACAUGCUAAAGCAAUAACUUGGUUAGCUGAAAGCAAAUUGUUUUAGGAGGUUUACAGUGUCUAUUUUGAAUUGGCCCUGGAAGUCAGACAUUUGAUAUGUGGGCCAAUUGCACAAUUAUAAUAAAAUUGCAAGAGUUGACUCCCCCUUUCUCAGCUAAUGUAUUGAAAUGCGCGUGGGAAUUUUUCCAAGAUUUUUAGUUUUAUGUAAGAAAGAGCACAUAACUGUCUUAUUGUGAGAUAACAGUACCCUUGCCCUGAUUGCUUUUAUUAGUUACUUCAUAACAUCUUCAUGCCCUCUAGGCUGUUUAAAACCUAAAUAACUUAAAAGCGCAGCAUAUUUAUUUUGCAAUAAUAAUGUAGGUUUAUUUUUUAAACUGAGGAUGUAUUUGCUUGUUAAAAUGAAGAAUAUGAAAAUCCCAGGAUGCUAAUACUGCUAUGUUUGGCUAGAAAUGGCAAUUGCAGAUGCUAGCCUACUAUCAGAACAAGGUGAUGUGGUGUAUGUUGUAAUGAUUCUUUUUCUGACUAAAGCAGCCUUUGUCUUGCAAUCCAAUUUUUGCUAUGUGAACCCCAGAGCUCUUCUGAAGUCUUCUUAUUCACUCUUCAUAUCUGCAGGUCUGACUGCUUAUUUAAGUCUAAAGAGAGAAGCUACUGGCUUGUGCAGAGUGGGGAAUAAACUACUUGGGUCAUCUGAAUCUGGUCGAUUAAACUGGUCCGCUCCAUUGACUUAAAUGCAGUUGCUUCUGGAGCUAGUUCAGGUUUUUCUAAUGUACUUUCUUUUCUUUUCAUUUUAGUAACUGAUUUUUUUUAGCAACACAGUUGUACUAUUAUGCAGCUAUGCAAGUAAAGUAUUUACUGCAGUUGUAACAAUGAAGAAACAAUGUCUGUGAUUUCUCUUUGGUUCAGACUGAGACUGCUCAAUUCUAGUUUUGACAAACUAAAACUUUUUUUUUUCAAUUUACAUUUACAUGUAAGUUUCUUCCCAGGUUGCUGGUUGCGGCUUUAGCCAGGGCUCCUUUAAUAGUUUUGUACGAUGUUAAUGUAAAAUAACCAUGAAUUAGAGAAACAAACAUAAAAGCAAAGAUUCAAAUUUAGUUUUUGAUUUUACAGAGCUGUAAAUAUACACAGGUUAUGUAGACUUGGUGGAAGAACCAUGGUCUGGCCUUUUUAUUUUCCCCAACCAUUGAAAUGGCCAUAACCUUCAACAACCAAUGAUACUGAGCCCUGCAUCCUGCGCACUUCAUAAUGACUCAUGUUGCCUUGGAAAGUCUGUUUCACUUGGAGCUGUAGCAAAUAGCAGGCUAGAGCUUAAAUACCCUUAACUGCAUUUUACAGCCCAAACUGUACAGAUCUGUGAUUGAAGAUGUGGUCGAAGGUGUUCGGGAUCUCUUUGCAGAAGAAGGUGUUGAGGAACAGGUUCUAAAAGACUUGAAGCAGCUUUGGGAAACCAAGGUGAUGCAGUCUAAAGCAACAGAAGGCUUCUUCAGACAUUCACCUCAAUUUACCCUACAGUUGCCACCUGGCUUCCAUCGCACACUGCAGACAUCAACAGCAUCUUUAGUUAUCCCUGCUGGCAGAGGUAUUCAGCACUUCACAACAGCAGACUUGGGUGCUUCACAAGCCAGUGCAACUCUCACUCUCCCUUCGGGCAUUGCAUAUCCUAUCCAUGUCCCAGCAGGAGUGACACUACAGACUGCUUCUGGCCAAAUCUAUAAAGUAAAUAUGCCGGUUAUGGUUACACAGGCCCCAGGAGGUGCAAGUAUUCUGCAGCAUCCUAUUCAGCAAAUCUUUCAGCAACUUGGGCAGUCUUCAGUCUUGCAGGCCAAUAUUACCAGUGUUGCACAGUUGAACACAUCUUCUGUUCAAGCAGCUGCUGAAAAAGUGCAGACCCAAGACAUCCCACUCCAACAGACCACUGUUCUGCAGCAAGGCACAAUAGAAAGGAAACAACUAGAAAAUUCUGCAAAUGCUACUUUGGAACAGCAGCCUCCUCAGAGUCAGCAGCAAGUUACAGCUAGCACCAUGUUAAAUCAGCAGGCAAGCUCAAUGGAAAAAUCUCCAAACUCUGAUCUGCACACAGCUGUGUUUACUUCAGAAUCUACUGAAGUGGAUUCUACUACUCAAUUGGUGGCGGACAACACAUUUCCCAUACCUCAGGAUAUGGAAGGGCAGGUAUCUCCGGUGUGCCAGGAUUCAGUGCAACCGCAGGUGUCUGAUGAUAUCAUUGAGCUGAUUAUUAUGGGUAAUGGCUUGGAUGAUAACCCCCUUCUAAAGGAUCAGGACAACAUUUCCAGCAUUGAAGAGAUGGAACCUACCAUGCAGAUAGACUCUGAGAUACGGACAGAGCAGGUCUGCAGUGACCUUGAAGGGAUCAUUCAGCUAGAUGGGACGGGUGAUGUUUCUCCUAAAGAGGAAAUAGAAAGCCCAAGAGCUGUGGAAGAAAAUGAAUUCAUUGGCAUUAUUGACUCGGAGGAUCUGAAAGUACUGGAUGAUGAUGAGGAAGAUGGUGACAGUAUUUCAAACGGUGAAUCCAGCAGCAGUAGUGAUACUGAAGAGCCCCCAGCAGACAUAAUUGAAGAGGAUCCUUUAAAUUCCGGUGAUGAUGUCAGUGAGCAGGACACCCCAGAUUUGUUCGAUACAGACAAUGUAAUAGUUUGUCAGUAUGAUAAGAUUCAUCGAAGUAAGAACAAAUGGAAGUUCUACUUGAAAGAUGGAAUAAUGUGCUUUGGGGGUAAAGACUAUGUUUUUGCAAAAGCCAUUGGAGAUGCAGAAUGGUAAAAUCUCAGUGGAAUAUAUGAGGCAUAAUUUUCUUUAUUAUAAAAUGUUAUGUGAUCUUCUGCAAGGAGAUACUAAACUUGCAUUAUUUUUGCAGUUGAAAACAAAACUGCAUUUGUUGAAUAAAAUACCAGAAGUCUGAUGUUUGCUUUGUGUUGCUAAUACAUGCAGAUUGACUAUGUUCAAUGUUCUGUUGCCUCUGCUGUGUUUUCUCAUAAUUUCUUUAUGCUUCUUUCUGGUGGAGACGUAAUCAGAAUGAAUAGCUUUAAUUAAAAACCGAAGUUUUGGAUAUACUAGUAACUUUAAGAAGAGUCAUGCAAUAAACUUUACGUUACUAAUAGACUUUUAAAUAUCUUCAAGUUCUAUCUUUCUGUUGUGAGUUAAAGUCUAAUGCAUUUAGUAUAAUGCAUUUAAAAACAAGGCUGCUAUGCUCCAAACUAAUACUAGGUAAUGUCUGUAAAAGAUGUUAAGAGAUGCUGGCAUGUUUUUGUUGUGAUUUUAUUUUUAAUUUGCAUCUGAAGUGCAAGGUUGUUCUGUUAGGCUGAAGGUAGGAUGCAAUCUAGACUCUUGGUUAGAAGAUCCUGAAGUUGACCAAACUUGAACUGUCAUCAAUUCACACACUCCUAUGGGAAAGACUGCUAACAUAUGCUGAAGUUUAUUGCAUAGGGUAAUUUUUAGAAGGAAAGUGAGUUAUUGUUAAUCUUUAACCAAGCCAUAUGACUUCUGGACAUACUCCAUUACGUUUUGAACAUGCCAGUAAACUGCGAGUGAUACAAAUUGACUGCAUCUAAGGGUGAGGGACAGAAAUGCCGUCGCAUUCACACUUCUAGCAAUGAUUUUUUUUUUUUUUCUUUUCUGUGCUUGAAAGUGAAGCAUAUUUCAGGAAAUGUACACAAGCCACAUGUGAAUUGGUGAUAGAACCCACCAGCUGAGGAAGACUUGUAUCCCUCUCCCAAAAACACUCCAGGUCCUUUGCUUAAGACUGUCCCUUAGUCAGUGAUUCACAGGGGUGCUCUUACCCUAGCCAUCCUCAGAUGAAGCUUUCUCUUGGCCAACUCGUGUUCCAUGCAUGUGUUUCUCCCAUGGGCUUUCUGCCUAACAGGCAUGGAGAGUAUGCCUUCCAAGAUCUUGUGGUGGAACUUUCCUGUCUAUUAUGUGCAUAACCAUUUGUCAGUCGUGUGCUCUCAGUCAGUUCUAGCUACAGUGCUUUUCAAGGGUUAUAAAUGUAUAUAUCCCAAUGCCUUCUUUCAUUGUCUAAAUAAAACCUUUUCUCUCUUGCUUGAGGUGAUUUGUAUCUGUGGAGCCUUGUGCCAAGUUUUUCUGAGGUUGGUGCAUGGUUAGCUGUGCAUGUAUCCAUAAGGUAGGUUUGUCUAGGUAAACUCAAGGACUCCUAAUUGCCUUGUGAGUAUUCCAUCUAUUACUGUGUGAAGUUUCCUUCUACUUUGUGUACAUUUAACAUCUUAAGUUCAAUAAACUCAAGUACAGGGAGUAAUUUUGGCAUUGUUUUUUGGACAUAUUCAAAAGGGGAAUCAUAAUAGAAUAGAGGAGCAUGGGGCACUUUGUUAGCUUGCCAUACAUUAUCUUGUGGAGAAGGGGAAAGAUUCUGUUAUCUAAAUGGGGAAACAGUACAGGCACCAUUGAAGAUGCCACUGUGUAUGGCAGAAUCUCCAGCCUUGGAUAGGAAACAAAGGGGCUGAGAAACUAUACAGGUUUGAGAGAAUGAAAAUACUAACCUCUGAGAGAAGUAGGAGAUGGAGUUGAAGUCAGUUGUGAGAUUGUAAGUGUCUUAACGUUCAAACUCUGGUACUGAUUCUAGUACAGGCUUCUAAAAUGGUGUGUUUUAUGGAGGUUUUAUCUUUUGACAACCACAGGCAGCUCCCUAGUAUUUAGUCCACAAAUUAGAGAUCACUCAGGACCUUGCUGUAAUUUCCUUAUUACAAACUUGAUUUCAGUCAAUGUUACUGUUAACUCAAGGAUUUUUAGCUACAGGAAUUUUUCUUCUCAAUGUGCUCAGUCAAGAAAUUGCCAUUCAAAGCACAGGCUGGAGUAGUCGGACCAGUUAUCUUUGCUAUCUAGUAUGUUUCUUUUUCUCUAAGCAAGUUGCUGUUGCAAUGUUUUUGACCCCUUAUCUUUGAUUAUAGCAAACAGAUUGUAGGUUGGGCUGUGGUGGGGAGAAGUAAAUAAUAGCAGCUGUAUCAAUAAUAGAUUCAUCCCAGUACAUGUACGUGUUUUUAGUUCUGUCUUUGCUGUAGAUACAUAUAAUAGUAUUGGAGAUGAGCAUGUCAACAUUUUAGCACAAAGAGGGAAAGUUUAUUAAGAAACAGAUGGAAUAAUAAGCAACUUGAAUGGGAAUUUGUAGCAUUAAUUUAGAUACCUUUUAAAGAUUGUUUUAACUAGCAUGCUUUUCAUGUAUAGCAAACCUGGUGUGAACUUUUUACUAGCAGUCAUUUCCCAAGGGACAUACUUCAUGGUAGGUACUGAAAAAAUGAUUUGGACAAUUCUGAUGCUUGCACGUAAUGAUAUACUACAUUGUGUGGAUUUCUUUUCUUUUUAGGGUAGUCUGUAAGCUGCUACCAUCAGGUUUUCUAUAUCACUCUUCCUACUGUUUAAAAUUCCCUGGUACAAUGACUAUCGGAUAGACAAUAAGCACAGGUGUUCCUGUAAACUAAGAAAUUAAUUGAUAUAUUCCCAUCAAUAGGUAGUAUAAAGUGCAAGUACAAAUAAUCAGUUACAACAUAUGAGCUUGAGGCAUAUUUUGGCAUGUAACAGGUCUUACGCAGAUUUCUCUGGUUUAACUGAUGCAUAGCACUUGCAUUUGGAGUUUAAAGAAAGUUAAGUUUCAGAAAUAUAUCACUAAUCAACAGGGUCCAUUACCAAUUUCAGUCUGUCUAAAAUUUUUCCAGCUCCUCUGAGUACUAUACAUUGGUACCUUGGAUCCUCUGCAUCAAGAAAUACAUCAGGUGGCAAUACUGACUUGACUGUUAAACAAAUGGUCUUUCAACUUUUGUUCACACUAUGCUAUCGCUUUUUCAUUCUCAAACCACACUUGACACGCUCAUGGAUAUUGUUAUGUCUGUUUAUGAAAACUUUCCAAGUACAAAAAUAGCCUAGAGCCCAAGCUAUGAAAACUCAUAAGUGUUAAUUAGAACUCAUAAAAUGUUAAAAAUGCCAAAAUGUUAUUUAACUCAAAGUAAAGCAAGAAUCUGCUGUGUCAUUCACUGGCAGUGAAAAGUGUCCAUUAGAACUGGAGCAUUUACCUUUAUAAUGACGAUCAUUAUAAGGUUUGGACUGAGGAGGAAAAUAGUAGAUUUUGUCACUUCAAUAAAAUACCACUUUUUUU